GGUAGUCAACCUUAAUAUACAAACAGCUGUUUUGCAAAUAGCAAACUUUGUUGUAUAGCUAAAAUACGCGAAUUUCUUCGUCAAAUUUGAAUUAAUGAUAAAAUAAUUAAAACAAAUAAUGGAGUCAGCGCAGGCCGCAAAGCCGGCUGAGGUGGAAAGUCCAGACAAUAUGGAAAAUGGAGAUUCUGCUCGGCAUUUAGACAACUUCGAAGAGAAAUCAAAUGAAGACGUGGAACUGCAAGCGGAUUUUAUUGACCAGCAGCUGGAAGAAAGUGCCCCAAAAAGUGGACAGGAUGAAGCCAAAAUGGAGGAGGAUCUCAAGGCAGCCGUCUUGGAGCAAUUGCCAAUUGAAGAAGGGGAGCUGACCCUGCGAUUCAAGGAUCUGCAGGCCCAGGAAAAGGAGGAGGAACUGCAUCAAAAUCCUUCGAAGCCUUCCCAGAACGACAUCCUGUCCCAUGUCCACUGUUUGGCCCAGUUGGAGGAGCAGCGUCGCAACUACGAGCAACAGUUUGAGCAACUGCGCACCUCCAUUAACCAGAAGGACAACAUGAUCACCCUCAUCCAGCGGGAAAACGCUAUCCUGGGCAAGGAAAAGCAGGCCUGCCGCAAAGAAAUGGACAUGGCCAACAAGGAAAAGGAAGCCACCGUCAUCAAAUUUGCCAUGAAGGAGAAGCUACUCAUCGAUGCCAAGAAGGAAAAGGAGGCGGUGGAGAAGCAACUGGCCGAGGCUAAGAAGGAGGUCAAGAAUGUGUCCACCAGAUUCCUGGCUGUAAGCGAAGAGAAGUCUCGCAUGACGUAUAUCAUCGAUGAAAAGUGCAACGAAGUCAGAAAGUACCAACGGGAGUGCGAAAAGUACAAAAUAGAAAUGAGUCACUUGGAGUCCAAGCUAAAGUACCACAUAAACAAACUAAACAUCGAAACGGAGGCCAAGGCGGUUGUUGAACGCAAAUUGGAAGAGGAAAAGAAUGCUCCGAAUAAGCUGGAGGAAAAAGCUAAUGAGAAGCUUAAAAUGGAAUUUGAAGCCAACACAAUACUCUUGAAACACGAGAUCACUAGCAAAACUGAUGCUUUGGAUAAAGUCACCAAAGAGCAGCAAAGACUAAGUGAAGCGAACAAGGAACUGCAGCAACAGCUUCAGGAGAUUGCAUCUGCGCAUAACCAGCUCACUGAGGAAUUUAAUCGCUUGAGGGAGCUGCACAAUUCCGUGGAGGCUUCCUACAGCGAUGAGCUGCUUAACUCCGCUAAACUCAGGGGACAACUAGACGAACUUCAGCUUUUACGAACUCAGAACACUAUAAACGAAGAAAAACUGUCGGAGGAGCUAAGGAGGGUCCAGCAACUAGAGGCUUUGGCCCAAGAAAACGAUAUCGACCUGGAGCAACUCAAAGAUAAGAAACAGGAGUUACUUACCAUCAACAAGGAAAUGAGUGAGCUAAUUGUGCGACUGCAGAACGACAUUUGUUUGGCCGAGGCCAAGGCCCAAGGCUUAGAGGCUGAGAACAAGUUACUCAAACAGGAGAAGCUCAGCUACGAUUCCAAAUACAAUCAACUGGAGCAGCAACUCAGUUUGGAGGCGGUGGAGAAGGGCGAGGAGCGCCUGCUGUUGGCAAAGCAUUUAUCCGAAAAGACCAAAUUGUACGAGCUGACCAAGCAGAAGCUGGAGGAUGUCCAAGGGGACUAUGAAGCCAUCCAGCACAAGCAUGCCACCGUGGUUAAAGAACUUCACCGAGAGCUGAACAAGUUCAAAAGGGGGAUUACGGAUUCCAAGACACCUAUCAGCUACUGUAGCAAUUGUCAGCAGGCGAUUAAUGGUUACCCUACGGAGAAUCCUCAGCAACGCAGUCAUAGUCGCUCCAGUAGCCAUGGUAGCUUGCACAGCGGCAGCCGCCGAGCCAGCGAAUCGUCAGAAUCGGAAACGGUGGCCAGUAGUGCCACCACAGUUCAACAGCCGCCACCGCAACAAGAUCUACAAGCGGUUCCGUCCAAAAAAGUCCUUGUGGAGAGGAUACUGCGUUUGCAGCAGGCCACUGCCCGCCAAACGGAACGCAUCGAGUUCCUGGAGAACCACACGGCCGCUCUGGUGGCCGAGGUGCAGAAGAAGUCCAAGGUGGUGCAGCACUAUAUGCUCAGGGAUCAGACCGCCGGCGCAUUAACCACGUCGCGGAGCGAUCAAAACAAGAGCGAACUGGUCAAGUACGGAAAUGGGAUUAUGGCGGCCAUCUAUGGAGGAUCCUCGAAGGCGGGAGGCGAAAACAAGGCCAUGUCUUUGGAGCUUUCUCUGGAAAUCAACAAAAAGCUGCAAACAGUGUUGGAGGAUACGCUGCUGAAGAAUAUUACGCUAAAGGAGAACCUCGAUGUGUUGGGUCUCGAAGUGGACAAUCUCACCAGGAAAUUGCGCUCCCUGGAGGUCAACGGGAAGUAAUGCCAGUCUUCUUACACAUUGUAUUCCAUUCCAGAGUCUAACCCGUGUAUAGAUAGUGUACAAAAUGUAUGAGCUUAAGUUUAAGUGUAUAAUAUAUGUAUUUAAUAUUUUAACAA